AUGUGCUGGAAAGAGAAAGUAGCACUCUUUGGUUCCCUCGUUUCACAGUCCGCAAAAACAAAGUUCUUCAAAACCGCAACCGUAACCACUCCACACGUUCAACAACCUUCACCUCCUUCUUCCUUGAACUGUAAUGAACUCGCCAAGUUUGCCGCCAUUGCUGAAUCCUGGCGGGGUUCUGAUGGCCCUUUUAAACCAUUACAUGUGAUGAAUCCUACGAGACUUGCUUUCAUUCGGUCUGCAUUGUGUCAACAUUUCAAGAAGGACCCUUACAGUGCUAAGCCCCUCGAAGGACUUAAAAUUGCUGAUGUGGGCUGUGGAGGAAGAAUUCUUUCCGAGCCAUUAGCUCGGAUGGGAGCUACUGUGACGGGUGUUGAUGCUGUGGAAAAGAAUAUCAACAUUGCUCGACUUCAUGCUGAAUCAGAUCCAGCAACUUCAACUAUUGAAUUUUGUUGCACAACAGCUGAGAAGCUGGUUGAAGAAGGAAGAAAAUUUGAUGCAGUCAUGGCCUUGGAGGUGAUUGAGCAUGUUGCAGAACCUGCAGAGUUCUGCAAAUCUCUGUCAGCAUUAACAAUUCCAGACGGAGCUACGAUCAUAUCAACAAUUAAUCGUUCAAUGAGAGCUUAUGCAACUGCCAUUGUUGCUGCAGAAUACAUCCUUACUGUCGCUCUCUUCAACGAACACACUAUGUUUGUGCACAGGGUGAUCAGUCUUGAACAUAUUAUGAAAAGCAUACCUGAUGCAUCUCAAUCUAGCCAAGCAGCAGCUCCUAGAGAUAUUGAGGAUUCUGGCUGGUCUUUAAAACCAAACACUUUCUUGCGUCAUGAUUUCUCUACACUAAAUCAAAUGCAGUCCAGGAAAAAUAUGGAGUUCAAUCCUAUUGAUCAAGAUGUCAACAAAAUCAAAGUAUCAGAUGAUGUAGGGGAUAGACAGUUUGAUUCUAAUCAUGGACAACGGUCAUACGGAUACAAUUACGCAGUUGAAGAUGUUUUGGGUAAUAAUUCUGCAGUACCAGGUGAUGGACGAGAAGCUAAUGCAUCUUCUGAGGAGGUGGUUGAAUAUGGUCAGAAAAAUGCUGCUAAUAGCAACAAGCUGGAGAUCUCCUCUGAUUUCGUUCCAGAUCCGCAACCAAUUAAGCCUAACAACAUCCAUCAGAAUUCUUCAGCAACGGCUUCAAGCAGUUCUGUAGUUGGAGUAUAUUCCUCUUCUACUGAUCCAGUUCAUGUGCCCUCCCCCGAUUCCAGAUCAUCGGGAGCAAUCAGGCGUGAAGUUAGGGUUGUCGGUGCUCGAAGACAGUCUUCUGAUCACAAAGGGAAACAGUUGUUUCCUCCUAGUAGUUCUCAUGCUAAUAAUUCUAUUGUUGGAAAAGAUGGUACUGGUACAUCUUCAGAUUCGUUUCAAUCCGCUGGCACUGUCCAAAAGACUGAACAUAUUAGUCAACCUGCUGUAACUGAGCCCUUAUUCCCUGGCAUGUCUGUUAGCAGACCAUCCUUGAACAAUCAGCAUAACAGUAGGCCACAUCAACAAGUUGUGGGACAUCAAAGAGUCUCCCAUUCCCAGCAUUAUAAAGAGUGGAAGCCUAAAUCAAGCCAGAAGACAAACAACGGUCCUGGAGUGAUUGGAACGCCCAAAAAAACAAUUUCACCUCCAGCCGAAAAGUCUAAAGUUAUGGAAUCAGAUACAACACAACUUCAGGAUUCACUUUCUCAAUUGAAGGUAUACGAGAAUCAAAAUGUGAUCAUAGCACACCAUAUUCGCAUUCCAGAGACUGAUCGCCGCCGGCUGACCUUUGGUACCAUUGGGGUUGCAACAGAAUUUGAUUCUUUGACGCAUCAACCUCAGUUUCAAUUAAUAGGAGCCGCUGAAACAGCAAGUGGAGAAUGCUCCAACCACCGGAAACCACCUUGGAUCCGACGACACCAGGACACACUGUCCACUUCCAGAAGCCACUGCAUUAAUCCGCCAGAUCGCGAGACCCACCGCUCCACCUCACCAACAUGCAAUCAACAACUACUCCGUUCAUCUUCGUCGCCAACACAAGAUUAG